GUUAAGUCACCCACAACUAUUACUAUAAUGGUAGGGACUCAAUCGGUCUAUUUCCUUCGUGUCUACCAAGCUAGCAGCAUCCAUGAGUAUGCUCAGGCUCCAGAAGCGCUUGGCUUCCAGCGUCUUGCGCUGUGGCAAGAAGAAGGUGUGGUUGGACCCCAACGAAACCAAUGAGAUUGCUAAUGCAAACUCUCGCCAGCAAAUCCGAAAACUGGUAAAGGAUGGGUUGAUCAUCAGGAAACCUGUGACUGUUCAUUCCCGUGCUCGCUGCCGCAAGAACACACUGGCACGCCGCAAGGGUCGUCACAUGGGUUAUGGUAAGAGAAAGGGUACAGCCAAUGCUCGUAUGCCAGAGAAGUUGUCAUGGAUGCGGCGUAUGAGAAUCUUGCGUCGCCUUCUUCGUCGCUACAGGGAGUCCAAGAAAAUUGACAGGCACAUGUAUCACAGUCUGUAUUUGAAGGCCAAGGGUAACGUUUUCAAAAACAAGCGCAUCCUCAUGGAGCACAUCCAUAAACUGAAGGCUGAUAAGGCUCGCAAGAAGCUUCUGGCUGACCAGGCUGAGGCUCGUCGUACAAAGACGAAAGAGGCCCGUAAACGCAGAGAGGAGCGUCUUCUGGCCAAGAAAGAAGAGAUUAUCAAGAACUUGUCAAAGGAAGAGGAGACUGCAAAGAAAUGAAUUCGUAUAUAAAAAGUCUGUCAGGUUCAGCUUUUUGUUGUUAAUAAAUCUGGAUAAAGGUGA